GGCAUCAUGUAAUGAAAUACCAGCUCAACAAUCCUUUAACUGCUUUAUCAGCUUCACCGGAUCUAAAUCAUGUUAUUGUGGCGGGUAGUUCUGUACUGAAAAUUUUAAAUGUGUCUGAACGAGAAAUUACCGAGGAAUACAAUCUUAUUGUUAGACAUGGCAGUAGAAAUAGUAAUAUUACUGAUGUUAAGUGGGGUAACGCUUUCACAAAGAAUAAAGUAGCAACCGCUGCGACAACUGGUUCAAUUUCUAUUUGGGAUGUAGGAAAUGGUCAACCUAGGGAUGAACUAAAAAUAAAUGCUCACAAUCGUGCUGUGAAUAGAAUAUGUUUUAGUCCAAGACAAGGUGAUUCCCUCUUAAGCGCGUCGCAUGAUGGUACAAUUAAAUUAUGGGAUCUGAGGGACCCGAACUCAAAACCUGUCGUAUUUGACGGCAGAUCAGAAAGUGUUCGUGAUGUGCAAUUUAAUUCAGGAUCUAUAUAUGAAUUUAUCUCCGCAUUUGAAAACGGAAUAAUUCAGAAAUGGGACCUAAAAAAACCAAAUAUCUGUGAACGCAGAAUUAAUGCACAUGUAGGACCAGUUCUUGCAAUUGACUGGCAUUCUGAUGGGAGAACGAUUGCUAGUGGUGGACGAGAUAAAACUAUUAAAAUAUGGGAUAUGAGUACAUAUGGUAUGAAACCAAAGGAGACGAUUUAUAGUAUGUCCAGUGUAGCACGUGUCCAAUGGCGGCCUAAUAAUCCAUCAGAAAUUGCUUCUUGUUCGUUACAAGGCGAUAAUCAUCGAAUUUUUGUGUGGAAUAUAAAGAGACCUUAUAUUGCAAGUUACUUCUUUGAAGAGCACGUGGAUGUUCCAACUGGAUUUUUAUGGCGAGAAUCUGAUGUACUUUGGUCUUGUUCCAAGGAUAAAUUUUUCAUUCAGCAAGACAUUAGGGAUUCUUACCGUCAAUUAGAUUUGCUAAGUAAAUGUGCAAUUGGUUGGAGUGUCUAUGAUCAGAUUGCGUUUGCUAUUGAGAAAUCCAACGAAUCACAUUCGGAAGAUCAAAAUAGAUCAAUGCCAUCGAGUAGUCAGUUUCAUAUAAUGCAAAAGAAAUCUUAUCCUAGUGUUAUCGAACCUCGUAGUGAAGAUCACCAUCAAUUACAACAAAAAACUGGUUCUAUAUCACUUCCAACGUUUGACCCCAAAUCUUUUUCAUAUCUUGCUAUAAAUUAUAUUUCAUCUGGUUCGGAUAUUUGGACUAUGUGCGACCAUAAUGCAAAGAUUGCCUGGGAUGUUCAAAGAUACCGAACUGCCCAGACGUGGAAAGUUGUUCAAUUAUUAUACGGGAAGAAAACACCAUCUGAAGUGAACAAGACAGAAUCUAACAAAGAUAAGGAAGGGUCGGAAGAAUCUUCUUUGAAAGAUUUAUCAUCAGCUAAUCAUUCCAAAUCACCAAGCGAAGCGAAAGAUACUGAUUCUUUAAAGGAUCAUAACAGCAUCGUAGAUAAACCUAUAAAUCCCGCAGCUGAUAUUGAUGAAGAUUCGUCUUAUUCGGAUAGUGAUCCACCUUCUGACGAUGAUACUGAGGACAAAUCUUGUCUUAAACGUGAACAAACCCCGGCUCCAACUACUAAUACAAUUGUUAGAUCAGAGUUUAAGGCCCCUUCAUGGGAUAAAGAACCAAUGAUGGCACAACUACUUGAUUAUUAUGCAGAACAGGGUGAUGUGCAAAUGUGUGUUACUUUGAUUUUGGUUCUUGGAGAUAAACUCAAGAUAAAUGAAGAAAGAGCAAAACAGUGGUUUUAUUCAUAUGUUGACCUUUUGCACCGGUUUCAACUUUGGUGUGCUGCUACUUCUGUGAUAAAAUAUUGUAAUAAUACGGAUAACUCCACAACGAUUUAUACGACAUGUAACAAUUGUUUUAAGUUCAUAAAUGAUGCAAAAAAUGAAUCUUGGUUGUGUGCAAAAUGCAAAAGGCUAAAUCUAUGCUCUUUAUGCCAUAUUACGGUAAAAGGAUUAUAUACUUGGUGUCAAGGUUGUAGUCACGGAGGUCAUCAUUCUCAUAUGCAAGAUUGGUUUAGUUGUAAUGAAGAAUGUCCAACUGGUUGUGGUCAUAAAUGUUUAACUUUUCUUGUUUAA